CUUGAUUCUAACAUGCUGCAAGUUGGUCAUCGUUUUGGAUGUUUGUUUCUCUAAAUCGGACGUAAACUUAUGAGGUUUAUACUGAUAUUUGGGAUUCAAGAUGAUCACGAAUAAAGAAUUUACAUGGGCCAAACCUAUGGAGCUUUUUGCGGAACAGAAAAUGGUUAAAAUAUGUGCACCAAUGGUCAGAUAUUCAAAAUUACCAUUUAGGACGUUAGUAAGGAAAUAUAACUGUGACCUGGCAUUCACUCCAAUGAUUAUAUCUAAUUCCUUCGUCCAUUCUGUCAAAGCAAGAGAUAGUGAAUUCACAACUUGCUCCACUGACAGACCACUCAUAGUUCAGUUUGCAGCUAACAAUGGCAGCGAUUUGGCCGCAGCUGCUGAAAUAGUUUCUCCAUAUUCUGAUGGAGUGGAUUUAAACUGUGGAUGUCCCCAGAGAUGGGCCAUGGCAGAAGGAUAUGGUGCCUGUUUGAUAAAGAAACCAGAAUUGGUGCGAGAUAUGGUGAACCAAACUCGAGCUCGAGUCUGCAGUUCAGACUUCACUGUCUCAAUAAAAAUCAGGAUCCACAAUGAUCUCAGGGAAACUGUAGACCUCUGUCAAAAGGCGGAGCAUGCUGGGGUGUCGUGGAUAGCAGUUCAUGGCCGAACAAAGGACCAGCGAGCAGAACCAGUCAACAAGGAAGCCAUAAAGACAAUCAAAGAGAGUCUUAGCAUACCUGUGAUAGCCAAUGGUGACAUUAAGAGCUUACAAGAUGUGGAGGAAAUACAGGCUGUGACAAAAGUCGACGGUGUUAUGGCCGCCAGGGGAAUACUACAGAAUCCUGCCAUGUAUAGCGGUUUUGAGAACACCCCUUUACAGUGUGUUCAAGACUGGAUUGACAUUUCUAUGGCUUCAGGGAUGACCUACCCUAUAUUCCACCAACACCUGAUUUACAUGAUGGAGAGGAUAUUCUGUCGGGCCGAGAGGAGGGUGUUCAAUGUGUUAGCUAGUACGUCAGCCGUGCUGGACUACUUAGAGACUCAUUAUGGAAUAGCCAAUAAAUCUAGUUUUUAAUUUGA